CGCUCCAGCCGUAAGCGAAGGCGUACGUUACCGCUCAUAUUUUGGUUGACUGUGUCAACGUAGCUUUGUUGAUAUCCUUCAAAUUUACUAUCCUUGACGCCUCCAAGCUCCAGGCUGAGCCAUCGUACGGCCCUUCAAUCGACGGCACGGACACCUUAUUUAUUCUGAAACCAGUGAAUUGCGGCACCCCAUGUCUGGCAACUAGUGGCGCAGCGUGAUCAUGGCACUUGUCCGGGACCCGGCGUUCUGGAAACGCUUCUCUGCCGCUAUGCACCUCGACGAAGAAGCAAAGACGGAAACAGGACCAAAGAAACCUACCAUCUGGACAGAUCAUUGGAUUGAGGCCCAACGCCAGAAAAGAAGGCGGACUUUCAUCUGUGGCAUCUUGAUCUUUCUCAUAGUAGCGAUAAUUGUUGCGGCCAUUGUUGUCGUCAUCUUGUGGCUGAAAUCGAAGAACUGGCUCAAGCCUGAAACAGAAGCAGUGCCGAUAAGGCGGAAGUACGAGUUCUUCAACGUUACUGAAGGUUCGAUUCUCCCAAGGAAACUGUGCUGGGGCCAUCUCAUACCAUCUCAGCUGAAAAGGAAAGGCGGAGAUUUUGGAAAUCGAGGUUGGGGAAGCGGAAAUGUGGAAAGACAGGGGAUUCUGUGA